UUCGCUAGUAUCGUGUGAUUUUGCUGAAUGACUUGCAUAGAGAACAACUCCAACUGCACGCCGAAAAAUCAAGCAGAACGUAUUCAUUACGAAUUACGCUUCGUUGAGUGUCCUUAUUAACCCAUUGCCGCAAACGACAGCUAUGGACUGUACUGAUGCAUUUAUUCGUUUAUUCUUCAGUAAUACAUUGAACAAAAAUGAUUUAACAUUUUAGAUUAUUAACAUUUUGCCGUGUGCGGCAAUGAGUUAAUACGUCACGUGGGUCAGUAUGUAACUGAGACAGAUUAUUUAAAUACUUUUUAGCCUUUGAAUCAUAAAUGUCUCAGCGUGGUUAACCUCUUGUGCUGGAAGGUCUAGUUGCAUUCGGCAUACUUGUUUCGAAAUGUAUCACUCUAUACAAAAUGAUCAAUGAAUAGAAUUACUGAACAUAUCGUAAAAUAGGUGAACGCAAGAUUUCGUCAAAUCUCUAAGUUACGUUCCAGCGCAAGAGGUUCAGUGAGUCGUCGAAAUGGCGACGAAUUAGUCCAAAAUGGCGUGGUCAGCGCUUACCUCCGUGGAUACUUGUUCGUCGAAAGUAAUCAAGAGGAUUCGAUGAAUAUUGAAGCCAACGCGUUUCCCUUGGUCUUUUAUCAUCUCGCACGAGAUUGUCAGCACGAUCAGGUUGAAACUGUGGUAAAAUAGGUACUCGAUGUUCUCCGACCACACUGUUACGAUCUUACCUUCGUCGGUGUUGUGCACCAAAUAAGUGUAUAAUUUAAAGGUCAUAUCUAUCACCGUUAUUGUAAUAAUAACAACGUUAUCCGAGCCGAACACUUCGUUCAACGUUCCGAUCGCUGUGCCAAGCUUCAGAUGGUGUUUCCUAAUGGUUUUCAAUUUCGUGAGCAACGCGGGAUUCUUUUGCGUGUGAUAAAUUCUUCUGAGCAAGUGAGGCUCGUCGUUGGUUAGAGUCUGCUUCAAAUCCGUCAGAGUCGCGUUCACCUUAACCAAGCAUAAUCUCAGUACGAACAGACAGAUGUUGAACGUUAUGUUCCCCAACAGACCUACGAAGAACAUGUAGAAACCGACCAAGUCGAGGUAACAUGGCAAAGUGUAUGGAUCAGAAUUUAAUAGGAACGAUAUAUAUAUGAUCGUCCUCAGGACAUCAAAUAACAAUAUCCAUUUGGCGUUGUUAAACGCUUCGGGGGAUAAUACGCGGGACGUGUCCGACAAUAUCCGAAGCAGAUGCAACUUCGAUGGCAAUGACACGUAACUACUCCAGAUGAGAACAAUGCCGAAAGUGUACAUGAAUGUCAGGUACAUCUGGUUGGAAGUUUCAUCGUUCCGGUUCACAUAAUAUAUCCAAUACAAGCUGAACGACGACAGGAGCGUACAGGCGAUCACCAUUACCGUAGACCAAACGAAACGUAUUUUGGAGAACGUGAACGUAGCCGAGGCGACCUUGUAAGGAAAGUAUCCGGUGAUUAAAGUGAGGAGAACGUACGGUCGAAUCAACGUAUGGAAGUCCGUAAUGUGAAAUAGUCCCCAUAUUCUGUGGAACAUACUGUUCGCGGAUCUUCCAGGUAGAUCGAACGUGUGAAAAUCGAUCUAUUUCUGUGAGAAAGUUGUUCGACUCGUCGCUUCGCCCGGGCGUGACUUAUUUUAAUAAAGGUAACUGAAACGUCACGUUUCGCACCGUUCCCAACCAUAGGAUGUCGAAGACUGCGCAAACGUUCGAUACUGGAAUUAAGCGUAGAAGGAGAAUAAUAUUGGUUAUGUUCCACUGUAUCCUCACGCAAUCUGAAGAACAAAUGAGUGAUAACCGAAACUUGAAUUAGUGCUCGUUAUAUGUAGCGAUUAAAAUGUAUUUGCAAACAACUAUAUCUUACAAUGAUUAGUUUAUAAGUACUACCAUUUUUCAACAUGAGUGAUAGCUGUGUGGAUAAGGGAAUAAUUAGUUAUAUUUAUUUGGAAAAUUUUGUAACUUAUUACAAAGUUGCUAUAAAACCGGGCAGGAAUUUAAAUGUAAUUAUUGGACCUAAUGGCACUGGAAAAUCAACAAUUGUGUGUGCCAUUGUUCUUGGAUUGGCUGGCAAACCAAGUACAAUUGGACGUGCAGUUCAUAUUGCGGAUUACGUGAAAACUGGUUGUGAAGAGGCUAAAAUUGAAAUCCAUCUCAAAAAUGGAAGUGACAGAGAUAUUAUUAUUACUAGGAUAUUCAAUAUACAUGGAAAAUCUUCUUGGUUUCUAAAUAGAAAACAUUCAAAUAUUAAAGAAAUACAAGAAUUAACAAAGAGCUUCGAUAUUCAGGUGGAUAAUCUUUGCCAAUUUCUUCCUCAAGACAAAGUACAAGACUUUUCAAAGAUGAAUGCACAAGAAUUAUUGGAAAAUACAGAAAGAUCAGUUGGUGAUCCUAUAAUUCUUGAACGCCACAAAAAAUUGAUACAAUAUAGAAUAGAUCACAAAAAUUUUGAAUCAGAGAUAGCUAGUAAAAAAAAAUUACUAGAGUCAAAGACACAGAUACACGAUGGCUUAAAGGAAGCUGUUCGUGGCAUAAAAGAAAGAAAAUUAAUCAAGAAAAAGAUUGUGUCUCUAAAACAAAAGAAAGCUUGGUUACUGUACGAACAAAGACGCAGAGAACUAUUUAAGAUGACACAGAAAAAAGAAGAGGCAGCAGCAAAAGUAACAACUUUGGCAGCAGAAAUGAAACCAACAAACGAAAUAAUAUCAAAACUAAGUUCAGAAAUUAAAAUACUUCAAAAAUCCGUGACAGAACAUGGUAAUAAAGUCAGUAUUAAAUCGACAAAGUUGAAAAGAAUGAUGGAUGAUAUCUUAGAAUGCGAAAAUGCUAUCAACGCAUCUGAAGCUAAGUGUAAGCAGAGAAUCCAAGCAGAGGAAGCUCGAGAUCACGAUAUUGAAGUUGCACAGCAGCAAAAAGAUAAACUGAGUAGUGAUCUAACAUUGAUAUUGAACGAUAUUGGGUCUGAGGAUACUGUGAAAAGACAACGAGAGGAAACGUUAUCCAACAUAGAAAAAUUACGGAGUAUUACUAGUAAUCUAGUAAGUAAAAGUUCGUCGCUGAAACAACAACAGGAGCAUAUAAAUCUUGGAAUUAGAGCUCAAGAAACAGAACUGCAACUGCUUAACAUUGAAACGAAACGACUGCAACUUUUAAGAGCGAGAAGCAGUGAUACGUACAGAGCAGUACAAUGGUUAAGGGAGAAUCGCAACAAAUUCUCUGGAGUAGUGCACGAACCAAUAAUGCUUAUAAUGAAUGUCAAAGAUGCUUUUUAUGCGAAAUAUUUAGAAACCAUGAUACCGUUUCGCGAUCUAAUUGCAUUCGUUUGCGAAAAUAAACGAGACAUGAAUUUACUAAUACACCAUUUACGAGAAGAGGAGAAACUGGCAGUGAACGCUGCACAUUCUGAUCCUGAUAGACGUGUCUCUAUGGAGCCAGAUAUUCCUUUAGCAAACAUCACUCAGUUUGGUUUUACUCAUUAUUUGGUAUCAUUGAUUGAAGCACCAACGGCUGUCAUGAAAUAUUUAGUCUCUAUGUAUAAGUUAAAUAAUAUACCCGUCGGAAGUAACGUUGUUGAUGAUAACGUUGAUCGUAUACCACAUAACAUACGUUACUAUUUUAGCCGAUCAAAUGUGUACGCAGUUAGUAGGUCCAAGUACACAGGCCAUAAAAGUAUUAGCAUGCAAUCGGUGCCAAGCACAGGACUGUUGUCUAUCGUGUUAGAUAAAACAAAAUUAUUGAAGAUUGAGGAAAAAUUGAAAUCAUUAAAAGAAGCGAAAAGCGUUGUUUUUGAUCAAAUAAAUCAAAUCCAAGAGCAGAUAUGCGAACACAACAAGGAAUUAGAUAAAUACAGAUCCAUUAGGAACAAACAUCAACAAGAUUUCCAGCAAAUACAAGGUUUAAAGUCUAAGAUAUCUAUAAUAGAAAGAAAAAUUAGGGAUCUAGAAAAUGAACGAUGCAGUAUUGAGAAAAUCAAGGAGUCUUCUAUAAAGGAGAUAAAGGUGAUAUUAAACAAACAAGUGAAGAUAUAUAAAACGUAUAAUGCUGAACUAGAGGAAUGUUAUAAAUCCAUUACAAAAAGCGAAGAAAUUGAAUUAGUGUUAAAGCUACAAAACCGUGCCUUAAAUUCGAAAAUAAACGAAUCCCAGGAUCAGAGAGAAAAACUUAAAGCAGCAGAAGAGAAAGUGAAACAACUCAGUGUAUCAAUGCAACCCAUGAAAAACGAAGUGACAAGAGUAUACAAGGAGGCAUUAGAAACUACCAAUGGCAUUAGCCCGACCGAUGAGGCGUUUGCACCAAUAAACAAAGCUUUUAGUAAAUUACCACCGACCAUGGAAGAAAUUGUCAAUGAGCUGAACAUUGCACAAGCAAAAGUCUUUUGUAUGAGUAACAACAUGGACAGUGAAAAUGUAUUACGUGAAUACGAAACUGUAGAAAAGGAAAUCAAUUAUUUAAAAGAAUUCGUUCAGAAGAAGUUACACGAGAUGGAGAACACGGCGAAGUAUAUAGAAAGAUUACGAGACGAAUGGUUGAACCCUUUAUCUGAAAUUGUACAAAAAAUACACGCGAACUUUAGCACGUACUUCUCGGCGAUGGGUUGCGCCGGCGAAGUUACACUGGCAAUCCCAGAGAAUAACAUGAACUUCAGCGAAUACGGAUUAAAAAUCAAAGUGAAAUUCAGAGACGCCGAUGAGUUGCAAGAAUUGACAAGACACCACCAAAGUGGAGGUGAAAGAGCAGUAACCACUGCCAUUUAUAUGAUUUCACUUCAAGAACUUACAAGAGUACCUUUUCGAUGUGUAGAUGAAAUUAAUCAAGGUAUGGACCCCAUGAACGAACGACGAGUAUUUAAUUUACUCGUGAAGAUGACUGGGAGGCCAAACAGUUCUCAGUAUUUCUUACUUACGCCAAAACUGCUACCUGAUUUAGAGUAUUCAGAGACUGUGACAGUACAUUGUGUAUUUAAUGGACCAUUCAUGAUUAAUCAUGUGGAUUUUGAUACAGAGGAAUACUGCAAACAUAUUGUCAGAGUAAUGGAAAAAGAAACCACAGAUGAUGAUUAAUCGAUAAAGCUGUUUCCCAUGUUCAUAAGAUUUUGUGCACUAUACAAUCUCUUAUGACUAAUUUAAUGAAUAUAACAAAGAUAUACUACAUUGUAAGACAUAGUUGAUAUAUUUU